UAUAUAUAUAUAUAUAUAUAUAUAUAUAUAUAUAUAUAUAUGUGCGCAUUCUACAUUAUUAAAUCAAAUAGUAAUCUAAGAUACAUACUCAAAACUAGCCUACAUUUCGGUAAAGUGUUAUAAAAUAAGAACUACAUUACGAAACAUGCAUGUCUCUACACAAACUUCCCCUCUGAUAGAGGAGACAGGAAGAGGAAAUGGGGACAAUAGAAGAGGAAUGUCCUCAGAAUCCAGAAAUAAAAGGAAGAUAGUCUCCCCGCUGGAAGUUAAUGAAAAAGAGAGCAAUAUGAGAAUAAGAAGAAGCGAUACUUCUUAUGCAGAGGUAUGCGGUUCAAAGAAGAAGAGUGCUAUGGAUACCAGAUAUGCUGAAGCCUGCGAAUCCGCAGACGAGUGGACGAUCCAAAUGGGCAGGAGAGAGAAACGAAGGAUAAAAGAAAAGAUAGGAAAUGACAAAGAGGACAGCGGACCACCGCCGCCGCCGCCUACCGAGAAUCGAGGGCCGAAGAUGCCGAGAGUUCGUAGAAGGCCGAAGACCAUCCUUAUUAAAGUAGGAGAGGACAAGGAAUGGCUACAGGUGUGUAAAGAUCUCAUGGUGGCGAAGGAUGUUCUUAAGGAAAGCUCAGGUAUUCGUAGAACAAGAGCCGGGGACAUCUGAUAGAAACGAGGGCUGGCGCCGAGAUGAAAGUCGCUGCAAUAAGAUAAACAAGCUUAUUGGCGAUAAGCUACGAGCGAUAAGGUACGAGCGACGCCUUUACAAGACAAGGUGUCGGUAGCAUACUGCAAAUAAGUGUAAGGCUGUAAGUCCAGGAAAGGAGGUAUGCAGGAAGUGUGGAGGAAGAGACCACACAAUAGCAGGAUGUCCACAUUUACCGUGCUGUGCGAAAUGCAGCAAGGAGACUGGUAUUAGAUUUGACCAUGUGACGGGGUCCCUAGCAUGCCCCAGUUACGGGAAAAUGUUACGACAAGGUAGACAAGGGAGGAGAUAAAAAUUCUCCAGAUUAAUUUGAAUGUAGAUGUAGGAUGGCGCAGGAUCUAAUGUGCCAAAGCGCGAUCGAGGCUACACCGGAUGUGGCAAUAAUAUCCGAACCGUACAGGCAGCUACCUUACUGGUAUAAUGAUAAUAAGGGUGAUGCUUCGAUUUGGGUCACGCAAUUCAAUGGUCGAGCACCGGAUGAAACGCUUCUGUACAGGAAGGACAGACUAAUGGAUACUGGUGUAGGUGAUAUCCUCUGUUUCAGUGGUUAUUGCACCCCCAAAAUCAAGAUAGAGGAAUACAUGAUGUACAUAAAUAAGCUUGCAUCGGAGAUAAGGAAUGGUGUAAACAGAAACAAGAAAUUGAUUGUGGCUGGCGACUUUAACGCUAAGUCCACUUGCUGGGGAGGAGAAACCACA